CUCCCGGACGCGGAUGUUAUCGUAAGGGCGCGUCUCUCUCGCCGGCCGGGCUGACGGAGCAAGCGAAGGGCAAUGGCGCAGAGGGAGCAGCUAUAACGACCCCCCCCUCCCCACCCCCGACGCCCCAGGGGAAACGAGCAUGAGCGUCCUGGCGGAAGGCAACGAACCGGAGUGGAACGCGUUGACCUCCUCCACGCCCUUGCCCUUCCCGCCUGCCCUCGGCGACGCAACGCCCCAACCCGCCGCGGCUGACGAAGGGGAGGCAUCCGUCUACAUCGCCGCCGCCGUCUUCUCCCUCUGCUACUUCCUGGUGGGGAUCCUGUGCUGCCGCUGCUACUGGAUCCACCUGAAGAAGAAAUCGGAGAAUAACCGGAGCUGUGAGAAUAACCUGGAGACCGCCGGGACUCAGCUACAGCACCAGCACCAGCAGGAGGAGACGUCGAGAGAGCCAUCGGACGCGCUGGAGAUUAACACGGAGGAUAAUGAAUUUCUAGAAGCCAAAUGCUGCUAAUGUUUUCGCCGACACGUUAUUUUUCUUACAAGACGUUUCCUACAAGACUUUUUUUUUUACAAGACGUUUUGUCCAACGUUUUUUU